UUUUCUUCAACAGGAUUCAUAUGACAUGACUGAUGGUUGAAUGGGAGGAGUUACGAAAUAAAAAAAGGAGUUUGACUAAUCACUGCACAGCAAUUAACAUAUUCCCACAUUCUUGUUCUUGGAGUUCAAACAAAUUAAUUAAAUUUUUUCAAAACAACUUAUUCGUCCAACAUAAAUACAGAGUUAUUAAUGCAAACUGGUCUGGCAAAAAGAACAAGGUUACAAAUAUGGACAUGUUACGUUCUUCCUCGUCACCACCGCUCGAAAAAGUAGUCACGCUCGCGCGGUAUAUAAACGAGGCGCUAAACGCCUCAAUCUCGAGCGGAGGGAAGCUCACUGUAGAGGUCACGAGCUGAGUGUUCAUCACUCGACCAAUCACCUCGGGGAAGGUCUGAGACAGGAGCCAAUCGCUGUCCUCACAGGACAUCAUCUGACCAGAUGAGCGAGCGCACAGAAACGUGGGUCACAGCGCGGUGUCCUCGCACGAGACGUUGAUGCUCGCGCAGAAUUCAGCACAUCAACUGAUGCGAUCCGCGCAGACUUGGAAACACUCGCGGCUGGCGCAACGAGUGCGAUGUGUGAGCUAGCAUAAGGUGCUAGAACCCAAUUCAGACUACUCUCCCUCCGCUUUUUGAUUUAGGGUGUAUGAGGGGAAAGUACUCACCCGUCGCGCUUCUUUCCAACAUACGGAGACGUGGCAUCUUGAACAUUUAGCAUACACUCGGCUGCAAAGUACAAACAUUUUAUUUGCGUUAAAUAAACAACGUUUUGUGUGUGAAAUAAAUACAUGAGAGAGGUCGAAGCGAGAUCACUUGAACGAUCGCGUGUUCAUGUGGUCGUCGAGAAAGCGGCUUCAAAACAAAUCCGUCUGGAAACAAGCGGAGAUGAUUUCGUUCCGACACAACAGUUCCGCGUUGUCAUAGUACUUUUGGCGCCAUUCAAAACAAAGCGAAGGGGUUUCAUCUCAGGUUAGUAUCGAUUGAAAUAUUAAAUAUAUUGCUCGCGAGGGUUGACUUUAGUUUUUGUAAAAGAAAAGCACGGCCUAUAUUGUCUGUAUUUGCUGUUUGACGCAGUAAAAUGAGCCCGUGUCCUGUGGAGAACGAGGAAGUAACGUUAGUUAAGUUACAGUCAUACUGUAUUUAGCAAUAAGCUUCUCUAUUAAUAACUAUCGUUGGGCCUUACCUAAGUUAUAUUUAUUACAUCACUUAAUAAAUAUAUAUAUAAGUGUUUUGAAGCAUGAGACGAACGAGAAGUUCCCGAAACAAAUCUGUGACGAAUUCAGGCAGUGAAACUCCUGUUGAAAAGACAGUGUGGCAGUGGAAGGGAGACGAUGGCGAGUGGGAACCGUACACUCCAGACAUCUGUGCCCAGCUGGAUACAGCCAAGCAGGCUGGUGAAAAGUCAUUGUCCCUGGCGCUCGGGUCUGGCUAUGAGGUGGAUCUUGUGAAAAUGGUUCAGAUCAACAGUGUCACGAAGUAUAAACGAAAAAUACGCCUUCAAAAAGUGAAGUCAGAGGAUCAGAAUGAAGAGAGCGUUUUGAAUGAGAAUAAUGGAGGCGCAGGUGUCGAUCAGAUUAAAGAAGAGAAAGAGGAGGAAGAAGAGCUGCCGGUUGCCAAGAAGAGACGCAAUGAGGGGAGGAGUCAGAGGGCGAACAAAGCCAAGCCCGUUGCCAAAGAGGAGAAUGAAGCAGAGGUUGUGAAGACGGUGGUUAUGAAGGGAAAAGCUCCUGUUGACCCAGAAUGCAAAGCUAAAAUUGGAAAGGCCCACGUCUACAGUGAGGGAAAAGAUGUGUACGACGUUAUGCUGAAUCAGACUUAUCUUCAGUUCAACAACAAUAAAUAUUACCUGAUCCAGCUCCUUCAGGACGACAGCGCCAAGGUUUACAGCGUGUGGAUGAGGUGGGGGCGAGUGGGUAAAGUUGGACAGAACAGCUUGGUUAGCUGUGGGGGGAAUCUGGCUCAGGCCAAAGACACCUUCAAAAAAAAGUUCUUUGACAAGACCAAGAACGAGUGGGAACAUCGCGCACAUUUCGAGAAAGUUGCAGGAAAAUACGACAUGGUGUUUGUAGACUACAACGCUGAGGACAAAGAGGACAAGAUACCCCCUCCUCCUUCAGACAAACCUUGUCAGUUAAACAGCAAGGUUCAGUCUCUCCUUGAGUUGAUAUGUGACCUGAAAGCUAUGGAAGAGUGUGUGCUGGAGAUGAAGUUUGACAUCAAAAAAGCACCGCUCGGGAAACUGACAUCAGAGCAAAUUCGAGCCGGUUAUGCCUCUCUGAAGAAGAUUGAGGAGUGUUUAAAGAAGAAGGGCAGAAAUAAACAACUACUGGACGCAUGCAAUGAGUUUUACACCCGUAUCCCACAUGACUUCGGGUUGCGUACACCGCCCAUCAUAGGUUCAGAAGAAGUGCUCAAGGAGAAGAUCGCUUUGCUGGAGGCUCUAAGUGACAUUCAGAUCGCUGUGAAAAUGGUUCAGUCGAGCAUUCAGAGUGACGAGCAUCCUUUGGACAGACAGUAUCACUCUCUGAAGUGUCAACUGGAGCCGCUGGAUUCUGACAGCAAUGACUAUAAGGUCAUCGAGAAGUAUCUACAGUCCACUCAUGCACGAACACACACUGACUACACAAUGACCAUCCUGGACGUCUUUGCCGUGGAGAGAGAGGGCGAGAAAGACGACUUCCAUUCUCAGCUGGACAACAGGAUGCUGUUGUGGCAUGGCUCUCGUCUGUCUAACUGGGUGGGGAUUUUGAGUCAAGGGCUGCGAGUGGCCCCACCGGAGGCUCCUAUAACUGGAUACAUGUUCGGUAAGGGGAUCUACUUUGCAGACAUGUCAUCAAAAAGUGCCAAUUACUGCUUUGCCAAUCAGAAGAACAACCAGGGACUUCUGUUGCUGAGUGAGGUUGCCCUUGGGGACAGUAAUGAGCUUUUGGAUGCAAAUUACAACGCUGACCAACUGCUUUCUGGGAAACACAGUACAAAAGGCCUGGGACAGACUGCACCCAACCCAAACAACCAUGUUACACUGGAUGGUGCGACGGUACCCAUGGGGCCUGGUGGAAUGACCGGGGUGGGUCAGAAAGGAGGCUACUCGCUCAUGUAUAAUGAAUACAUCGUUUAUAACCCUGCUCAGACACGCAUGAAAUAUCUCCUCCGUGUUCAGUUUAAUUUCUCCUCGUUGUGGUGAAGCAAAAGGGGCAUGCUUUACAUCGGGCGAACUGACUAUAAUGUGUAUAUUUAUAUACGUAACUAAUACAAUCUGAGGUUUAGGACCUAAACUACAGUUGUGUGUAGUGUUGCUCAUACAUUCAUGAAGGGGACUAGAAUCGGGAAAGUCAUGAGGAAUUCUAUAUUGUUAGUUUGAGCACUAAAAUGUUGUUUCUGGUAUUUGUAAGCAAAAUAAAAUGUAAUGGUAUAUUUUCUACUUGUAUACAUGUUCCUUUGUUCGGAAAAUUCAACAUUAUUCAUUUUGUUAGAGCGUGACAGUACAGCAACAAUAAACCUUAUGUUUGCCUAUGAUCUACUAUUUGUUUUCCUACAUUCCUCAAAAUGUCCUCCUCCGUGGUCAACAGAGAAUUGUGUGCUUCCAAUGUUGUAUCUGUUUGAGCAGGUCCCUCUUCUGUUUUAACGUGAUACAAUUCCCUAUAGUACCAUAUGGUGUAAGACAUCAUACUCACGAAUAUGACUAAAGUAGUCAAACCUGUUCAUCAGAAGGCUGUCUCCUGAUACUUGCCUAUAGUGUAUGUAACCUAUGUACCUUGCCGGUUAUAUGUUCAUGAAAUUGUUCAUGAAACGUUCUGGUUAAUGUUGAUAGACAAGCAGA